AUGCCUAUCCAAGAACGUCCAUCGGUGCUCCACAUCUUGUUCUUGUGCUUCAAAAUCUGCUUACGAAGUUGGGGACAUCUCACUCAUACGACAUCCGGUGGAUCAGCACAACACCGAGAUGAAGGACGACUAAGCAUCAAAAAAAGAAGUUGGCGCAAUGCCUUGAAAUCCUCGGCCUCGUACUCAGAAUCCUGGACACCACCAGAGCUCAGUCAGGGUCCCGAAGGUUAA